UUUUUUUUCUUCAAUUAUUAAUCCUGAUAAUUGUAGGGUGUGAAUGGGCGAUUGCAAGGACGAACAGAGGUACUUGAUUUGGAUUAUUCUCGAGCAAAUGCCAUAUCUACUGAUUAUGAUACUGAUCUUGAAUCUGCAUGGUCAAAUUUAAAUUUAUUUUCUGAUGGAAAUGAUUUUUCUGCUGAAACAAUUGAAAAAAAUCGAAAUAUUUAUUAUCAAAAACGAUUAGCAAAUCAAAUUAAUAGUCAAGUAACACAAAUGAUAUCAUUAUUGACUGCUUCAUUAAAUAUUCAUUUAAACGUCGGUCAAAGUUCACUAAUGAAUACAUCUCAAUCGUUUGUAUCAUUAGAAACUAUAUCAAUUCAAUCACUCAAAGAUAGACUUGUGAAACAAGUUGAAAAUGCUCAGUUUAGUAUUCCAUCAGAUUUUAUUUUAAAUACAACGUCUAAUUCUUCAAUUUCACUUCGAUCAAGAGUAGAUCCACUUGCUUCAUAUGGAAAUUUUCAAAAUACAAAUCUUUCAAGAUCAAUUUCACUUUCAAUUAUUGAUCAAAAUGGAAAUGAAGUUUCUUUUGAAGCUCAUCAAAAUAAUCCAAUCCAAUUGAUUAUUCCUCGUGAUCCAAAUCUAGUAAUUCCAUCAAUGUAUUUACAAAAUGUUACAUCAAUUAAUUCAACGAUUAAUAAUUUAUUAUUCAACUACCAUUAUAUUAAUAUAACAAGUUCUCUUCCAAUUUCAAUUCAUUUUGAAAUUCAUUCUUUAAAUCGAAGUCUUGCUUAUUUAUUUAUUUAUAAAUUUGAUCAAACACCACAAUUAAAUAGUUCAAUUCAUCUUGUUGAUGGAUGGACACUAUUUUGUCCUUUCAAUCUAACCAAUGAUGAUAUAUAUCGAUAUUUUAUCGAUAAUCAACAAACACCUACUCAUCAAUCAUUAAUAUUUGGAAUAAGAGAAUUGAAUUCAACUGAAAUGAAUAAUUAUUGUUUAAAUAAUUCUUCAAUAAAUACAUCUUUACCAAUUACCGAUGAACCAUAUGAUUUUACAUCAAAUUAUGAACUUCUUAUAUACACAUCAGGUUGUUAUUAUCUUGAUGAAAGUAAUAACUGGAAAUCAGAUGGAUUAACAGUUGGAUCAUUGACAAAUUUAUAUGAAACUGAAUGUCUUUCAACUCAUUUGACAACAUUUGCUGGUGGUUUUAUUGUUUUACCUGCACCAAUUAAUUGGAGUUAUGUUUUUGCAAAUGCUGAUUUUAUGAAAAAUAAAACAGUUUAUUUAACAAUGAUAUUUACUUCAGUAAUUUAUAUUAUUUUAAUAAUUUAUGCACGUUUUAAAGAUAAGAAAGAUUUUGAAAAAUUGGCAGUAACCCCAUUAGCUGAUAAUAAUAAAUCUGAUCAUUAUUAUUAUCAAAUUCUUGUUUUUACUGGUCAAAGAACAAAUGCAGGAACAGAAUCAAAAGUUUAUUUUGUUUUAUCGGGUGAUAAUGAUCAAACACAAAUUCGAUUAUUUUCUGAUCCUCAUCGAAAGAUUUUUCAACGUGGUGGAAUUAAUUCUUUUAUUAUUGCUGUUCCAAAAUCAUUGGGAUUGUUAAAUUAUAUUCGUAUUUGGCAUGAUAAUUCAGGUGAAGGUUCUUCAGCAUCAUGGUAUUUAAAAUAUAUUAUUGUUCGAGAUUUACAAACUUUGGAUAAAUUUUAUUUUAUUUCUCAGCAAUGGCUUGCAGUUGAAAAAGAUGAUGGACGAAUUGAAAGAACUCUACCAAUUGCUAGUGAAGCGGAAAAACAAGACUUUUCAUAUGUAUUAUCAAAAAAAGCAUAUCAUAGUGUUUCCGAUGGUCAUUUAUGGUUUUCAAUAUUUUCUCGUCCACCAUCGAAUAAAUUUACACGAGUUCAACGAUGUACUUGUUGUUUUGUUUUAUUUUUUACUUCAAUGUUAAUAAAUAUAAUGUAUUAUGAUUUAUCAAACGAAGCGAAUGCAUCAAGUGAAACACAUAGUGGUGCUUUAUCAAUUGGCCCUUUUUACAUAGCACCACAACAGAUUGGAAUUGGUAUAAUGGUCGAAUUACUUACAUUAAUUCCAAGUCUCUUAAUUGUUCAAUUCUUUCGACGUAUUCAACCUCGUCAACAAGUUUCACGAUUACGUGAAGCAUUAUAUAAGAUGAAACCAUUUCGAAAAACUUCGACAAAUGUCCAUGCAGCUAAGAAAAAACAAUCUUCGAUAACAUUUCCUUGGUGGUGUUUAUUUAUUGCGUAUGGUCUUUCAAUGAUAAUUAUUGCUGUUUCAAUAUUUUUUAUCAUUGUUCGAGGAAUUGAAUUUGGUGAUGUAAAAACUCAACAAUGGUUAACAUCUGUUCUUACUGGUUUUUUCUCAUCGGUUAUUUUUACUCAACCUAUUAAAAUUAUAUGUUUGGCUAUAUUCUUUAUAUGUUUUUGUCGAAAUUCAAAAGAUGAGAAAGAAACAAGUGAAUAUAUAAAUGAAGAUGAUGAAUUUAAUAUAUCUAAUGAUGAGGAGUAUCUUCAUUCACUUGAGUAUCGCUCAAUAUUUUCUUCUCAAUCUCGAAAAAGUAUUAAUCGUCUUAAUGAAAAUGAAAUUAUUUAUGCUCGUGAUCAACGUUUAAAAGAAAUUCAAAUGUGGGCAAUUAUUCGAGAAUUUCUGAUUUAUUUUAUAUUUGCAACAUUAGUUUUUUUAAUAACUUAUUCAAGUCGUGAACAAAAUAGUUUUUUUCAAGUCAACCAUUUACGAGCUUAUUUUCUCAAUGAAAGACAAACUACUGCUGAUUAUACUAAAAUCAAUACAAUCGAUGAAUAUUGGUAUUGGUUAGAAAAUAGUUUUGUUUCAAAUAUUCGUGCACAACAAUGGUAUAAUGGAGAUAUUCCACAAUAUUUAAAUGGAUUUUUAAAUGAUAAAUCCAGUCGAUUAAUUGGUUGGGCAACAAUGAGACAAUUACGUGUUAAAUCAGAAUUAUGCUUCGACCAACGUAUUAUUUCAAUAUGUGAAGAUAGUUAUAGUUUUUCUAAUGAAGAAACACAAUUAUUUCAACCAGGAUGGACAAAUCAAACAAUAGAAGAUGGAGUAUAUAGUUCAACGAUUAUAAAAGCAUUUAACUAUUCUACGAGUGAUGAAUUAGAUACAUAUACAUAUGCAGGUGAAUUUGAAACAUAUAGAGGAGGUGGCUAUGUAUAUGAAUUUCGUGGUCGUUUAUCUGAUAUGAAAACAAAUUUAUCUACACUUCAUCAAUUAGAUUGGAUCGAUGAGAAAUCAAGAGCUGUUUUUAUUCAACUAACAUUAUAUAAUCCAAGUGUCCAAUUAUUAACUGCAGUUACUUUACUUGCUGAAUUUUUACCAACAGGUGGUAUUUAUACAACAGCCCAUUUCGAACCAAUAAAUUUCUACACAUUUACAUCAAUAUUACAAUUAGUUUGUACAAUUUUCUACAUAUUUUUUAUUAUUUAUUUUAUGAUAAUUGAAAUUCGAUUAUUAUUUGAAUUAAGAUUAAAAUAUUUUCAUCAAUUUUGGUCAAUAAUACAAUUAGGUAUCAUUGGUUGUUCAUUGGGAAGUAUUGGAGUUUAUUUUUGGCGUUUUCAAGAAACAAAUCGUAUAAGUCAUUUAUUUGAACAAACAAAUGGUUAUAUUUAUAUCAAUUUACAACUUGCAGUUUAUGUUAAUGAUAUUUUAACAUUUCUUCUUGGUUAUUGUUGUUUUUUUAGUACGAUUAAAUUUAUUCAAUUAUUUCGUUUUAAUCAACGAAUAUCUUUAUUCGCCGACACAUUAAAAUAUUGUGCAAAGGAACUGAUUUCAUUUUCAGUAAUGUUUGCAAUUGUAUUUAUAUCAUUUCUUAGCUUAUUUUAUCUAUUAUUUGUAUCAAAACUUUCAACCUGUUCAAGUUUAUUAAAUACUGCUCAAAUGCUUUUUAAAAUGACAUUAGUCAAAAGUGGUGCAUCACAAAUAAUGGGAGCUGAUGCUUUUCUUGGUCCACUCUGUUUUACUUUAUUUAUAUUUCUAGUUGUUUUUGUUUGUUUCAAUAUGUUUCUUUCAAUAAUUAAUAAUGGCUUUCAUCAUGCAAAACAGAAUCAAAAGGAAGAUCAAAUUAUGUUAUCAUUUAUGCUAAAGAAAUUUUUACGAUGGACAGGUCUGAAAAAAUUAAAUCAAUCAGAACUUCAAGAAGAAAGAGAUUGUCGAAUGCGUUCACAGUAUGUUGAUUCAAUAGAUAAUUUUUCCAACAGAAUCGAUCAAUUAUUAGAAGCAUUCGAUAAAAUUUAUGUCGAUCAACAAGCAGAAUUAUUAAGAUUGGAAAAAGCUGGCGUUUAG